AGUUUUUCGGUCGUGCUUUUAUACUUUCGUUAUUUGGUUGAAGCCCAUCUUUAUCAAUGCUAUUUUGUUAAACAUCGUUUUCCUUCCGUGUGUUGCAGUCGUCUCGAGUCGCUACUUUGGGGAUAUUGUUCGCGUAUCUGUUUCGGUAUUGUUGCGGUGCAUUCUCGUUUGUUUGUUUUUGCCGGUUGUUAUUGUUGUCGAGUGUGAGGCGACGGCGCAUGCCCAAAGAGCAAUGUGUGAAUGCGUGUGACAUUGAGUAUUUUGCGUGUACUAGAGUUGGUGUAUGCCCAAAGAAGCUUCUUUGCAUAAGGCAUCAAAAACCGUAGUGGCCACAGAUCAUUAUUGAAUAAAGCGAAAGCGCGAGUUUAUCUCCUUUUGUUGCAAUUUUUUCUGCUAAAAAAGUCGUGUGUUAUGUGUUUGUAGCGAAUCGAAAAAAAAAACAACAACUAAAAGCAAAAACAAACAAGCAACAACAAUAAUAAAAGAUGCACAUACAAAAAGGAAAACAAACCACCACCGAUGACUUAUUACAUUGAUUUGUGGUUCCCCGACGACGACAAGUGAUCUAUUUUUGUGUGUCUGUGCCUUUUUUCGGCGACUGAGUGUCCGUCCAUUUCGCUGCGUGAUUUCUUUCUGCUUUUUGCGGAGCUGAACAAAAGUGCUCAUUGAAGUCGUUGCACCACCAGAAACAAAAGCAACAGCAACGAUUUAACGAAAAAGUGCAACUGUUAUAAAUUUCGGGGUGUCUUGCAACAUAAGUGAACAACAAUAGCUGCAUUUUUUUUCUCAAACAGAAAAGAAAUUAGGAAAAAAAUGAAAUCCAAGUUGGGGCAACAACAUCAGCCCGAGUAACCAUCAUCAUCCGCCAGUGAGGAAAGUGUUCCCCGUUCAACAGUUGUCAUUGCACCAAAUGCAAUGCAACAACUGCAACACCAGUGAUAACAUUGUGGAAUUGUAGACUGAACCAAGCUAUACGCUCUAGCCUCUGGGUAGAGUGGCAGAGUAGCAUGCAGUACUGCAAUUUUUGGCCAGCACCACCAUCACCACCAGUACCGCCAACAACAAUUACAACAGUCACUAAAGAAUUGCCAACAACAUUUUUUGCAACAGUUGUAGUCGUUGCCGUCGCUUUAUUGUCACUGCAAUUACCACUAAAUACAACAAAGACAAACAGCCACAGCAACAACACAAACAAGCAACAGACCAAAUCUUCAAUUGUCUUCAUCAAAAUCAGUGCAACAACUGCUCAUUGAAAUCGGGCAACAGGCGGCAGCAAUCAUUAUUUUGUAAGCAGUUUUACAAUUUAAUGGUUUUCAUGAAUGGACUUGGGCCUGACCCUCUGCCAGCAAAGGAGGCAGAGGGCCCUCCCGUUCAAGUCGAACCUGUAGAUUUAAGUUUACGUUCACCAAAAGGAUCUCAGAGCCAAGGCUACAAAUCAUCAACUGCAUCAUCGUCAGCCACCUCAGCGCUGAUUAAAAGUAAUUACAAUAGUUUAUCAUCUGCACCAUCACCAUCCAGCACAUCUGCGUCAAGUGCCUUUCGCAACAACGCCUUCUCCAGCAAUAACUCACACCACAGUAGUAGCAACAACAGUCGCAAUUCUCCUUUCUCAUCUGCCUCGGCAUCGGCCUCAGCACAAAUGGCUUUGAACCGCCAGUACUCAUCAUUCUCAAGUGCCUCGGCAGCGGUAACAAAGCUGCCCAUACCGCCUUUUUUAGCCGCCUCGCCAUUUCUUUUCACCUACCGCCGUCUCAAGGACGAAACGAGCAAUAGUGGCAAUACAUCGAACAAUAUACCCUACAUGAGCAGCAGCCAAAGCAAUGGCAGUUCGUCUGCAACCUCGCACAGCGCUUUGUCUUCUUCGCUGCAUGCCCACUCGCCAACAUCGUCAUUCUCCAGUGCCAGCUCAGCAACCAAUGGUGGCGGAGGCAGUGCGUCUUCGUACUUUCAGGACUACGAUCGGAAGUUUAGUUUGCUUAGCCUCUUCAAGAAUCCCUAUAAGUACACCAUGGAACGGAGGGCUGCGGUGCAUAUUCCACCCACUGCCUUUGGUAGCAGUGGCGGAGCUGCAGCUGCCGCCCUAACAUCGGCCUUCUCAAUGGCCAGUCCAGCCCUGUCGGCUUCGGCCUUCAGUCCCACCGCUCAUGCGGCUGUCUUAAGCCAUAAAGCCCAAAGUGCCAACUCGUCGGCGGCGGUUUCACCUUGGAAACUGAUGGCCGAAGCCCAUCAUCAUCACCAAAGUUCGCCAUUCAGCCAUUCGUAUCAUCACCAGGGAGCAUUCGGUUCAAUGAGCUCAGCCGAUCGUAAAACCAGUUUCAGCAGCAUAGUUCCUGGCGGCAGUAAUGCAUUUGGGCGAUCAAACGAUACGAGUGUAAUUAGCGGAACGUCCAACGGUUGCAGCGGUGAUCCCUCAAAAAAUCGCAAAGUGCACAAAUGUGACAACGAAGGAUGUGAUAAAGUUUAUACAAAAAGUUCUCACCUAAAAGCACACAAACGAACGCAUACAGGUGAGAAGCCGUAUGUCUGCACUUGGGAAGGAUGUGUCUGGCGUUUUGCACGUUCUGACGAAUUAACCCGCCAUUAUCGCAAGCACACUGGUGUCAAGCCUUUCAGAUGUCAACUAUGCACCCGAUCGUUCAGUCGAUCCGACCACCUAUCACUACAUAUGCGUCGUCAUUGAUGCUAAGUGUCCAGGCCCAAAAAUCAACUCAAAUCUCCUUAGCCCAAUUCAUGUUCAUAAAAAAAACACAAAAGCAGUUAGCAAAUUCUAAUUGUAUAUUUUAUCUAUUUAAAGAUGUUAGUUCGUAACUUAAGAUAAAUAUUUAAAUACUCGUAGCUGUAAGCAAAUAAUUUAAUCACAGCUUGUUAUGCAUAAGCAGUAUGCAAAUGUCGCGUUUUUUGAAACA